AUGUCGGACGCUACCGAAGAGAUCAAGCAGGGCGCUUCGGCUCCCGUAGAUCUCAUCUUGGACCUACCGCACGCGAAGACGGUGCCGGUUUGGCUGCCGCUAGCAUCGCGGCUCGAGAGUAGCCUCGAGACGGCCGCUCAAGAUUCAGAUGUCCCCAUCGCUAACAAAUCGAGCGCCGGCCCGCUCAUUCCCUUCAACAAGCUUCCGCCUUACAAGUUUGCCAACCCGCGACUGGCGCAGCACCUCUGGCCAGGGAUGGUGAUGUAUAGCGUGCCGCGCGCAGUCGAGCUUCGCAACCAAGCCGCCAAGCUGAUUGCUGCUGUGCAUAUUCACCGGCAGCUUCAAGUGCACUAUCCGGGCCCCGAUCCGACCACCGGCAGGCUCGGCAGCGUCACGUUCUCCAAGCCGAGCAGAGAGAGACUGCUGUCGAUCAGCUGGGACAGGGCCGAAUUUGACAAGUCGAUCGCGCUCGAGAUCCAGGGUCACAGCCUGAAGUUUGUCGGCUUCGCACCAAAGCUCGACGCGUACUGGAUCACUGCACUUGUCGAAGGCAUCCCAGAGAAUCGUAUGGUGGACGCGGCAGAGGCUGCCAAGCAGGCGCUGAAACCCCAUCAAGUCCUCGACUUCUGGACACUCGAUCUACAGGUAUGGCAAGCAGAGGAACAGGUGGUCAGCGUGCCAUCUGGGUUCCUCUUUAUGCUCGUUGAGCUUCAAAGAGCCCCGAUCAAGACCCCGGGCCAUGAAAUUUCGUUGGACGUCGCCAGCACUCUUCCCGGAUUCAUCGCUGUCGCUGGGAGGAAGUACGAACUGUCGUACGCAUCCCGCUUGGAUCAUUGCUCUUACUGCGAGAGCACAUCGCUGAACGAUUUUCACACCUUUAAGAAUUGCCGGGCGCGCCUCUGCAGCUACUGCCGCAAACCCGGACAUCCGCAACGAUCUUGCCCAGUGGCUAGAGCUGCGCAGGCUGCGGAAAGGGCAGCAUUCAGUUAG